CGCGGGACAAAACUAACUCUCUCCAUUUCAGCACUCAGACAUUGCCUUAAUACUUAACUAAUAUCCCAAAAACAUGCGGAUUCACCCUCAUUAUCAUUUUUUGUUUACAAUAUCGCACUGUUAAGCACACAACUAGUUAGUUUGAUGAGUUAACUCGCUAACACUGUUGUGUUCAGAUGCUACCAUUGAGGCUGAAUCUAAAAUGGCUGCCUCCUCCCUACAUCAGCGCACUACACUCACUAUACAUUAACAACCUCUCUACUCCCUUUGUAGUGAUUAUUUAUAUCUCACAAGCACGGAUUUAGGAUUGAACCCCCAGCCAACGUUGGGCGUGAGGACGAGAUCCUAGGCUUGUGAAAAGAUAUUUGCAGAAAUUUCAAUUUAUUUGCAGACAACUAGAAAAAUUCAGUAAGCAAAUAAAGUAGGGAAUCCUCAUAAGAAGGUUAGACUAGCUAAACUAGCUAACCAAGCUAACUAGUCUCAGCUAUAAUCACAGUUUGCUCAUAAAUAUCGAGAUGGAUUUGUUUGCAGAUCUUCCUGCUCCUACGAACAAUACAAACUCGGGCAGCAAAGAUGAAGACGGCGUUCAGGACCGUGGAGAGAAGAGACACAGGGACACACACUCGGACGAUGAGCAGGAUAAGGCGGAAAAGAAAGUUUGUAAAGGACUGGCUAAGCUGAAGGGUUUCGUGGCAGCACGGCGUGGUGAGCGAGAGGACAUGCAGGAUGCUCACGUCAUUUUACCUAACCUCCACACACAUACAAACACACUGCCUACACAUGUGUCCAGGUUGGCGUAUUUUGCUGUGUUUGAUGGUCAUGGUGGUGCUCGAGCGUCUCAGUUUGCUGCUGAACAUCUGCAUCGCACACUACUUAGCAAAUUCCCUAAAGGAGAGAUUGAAAAUCUGGAUAAACUGGUGAGGAAAUGUCUGCUCGAUUCGUUUCGCCACACGGAUGAGGAAUUCCUGAAAAAAGCCUCUAGCCAGAAGCCGGUAUGGAAGGACGGCUCCACAGCUACAUGUAUGUUGGUCGUGGAUGACGAUCUGUACGUGGCCAACCUGGGAGACAGCAGAGCAGUGCUGUGUCGUUUGGAGCACACUGAGGAUGGAGAGGAGAAGUGUGUGUGUGUGGCUCUCAGUAAAGAACACAAUCCUACCAUCUAUGAAGAGCGCAUGAGGAUACAGAGAGCAGGAGGAACUGUCAGAGAUGGACGUGUGUUAGGUGUGUUAGAAGUUUCCCGCUCCAUCGGUGACGGUCAGUAUAAACGCUGUGGAGUGAUUUCAACACCAGACCUGAGACGCUGCACACUCAGCCCUAAAGACAAGUUUGUGAUUCUGGCCUGUGAUGGACUUUUCAAAGUGUUCUCAGCGGAUGAGGCUGUUCAGUUCGUCAACAAAAUUCUACAGGGCGAGUCGGUGGAGACAAAGGAGGGGCAGACUGUGGAGGAGGCGCGUUACGAAGCUGCUUGUCAGAAACUGGCUACCGAGGCUGUGAGGCGAGGCUGUGCUGACAACGUCACGGUCAUCCUGAUCUCCAUUGACUUCUGACACAUUUCUCUCUCUCGCACACUCUCUCACACACACUCACACACUCACACACCAGCGGAGUGUUUAGGCUUCCUGUUGCAUUUUAUUCAUUUUGAACUGGACAUUUCUAAAAGACUUUCAAACUCUGAGUGCUGGGAUUUUUAAUCAAAUAAAAAUCCUAACAUUGUCAGUCA